AUGGACAUGGAUUUUCACAGUCCAGAAGCACAAGAGAUCAUCAUAAAGCGAUGUGCAGCACUGCGUGAGAACAAGGUCAAUAUCCUGAGUCAUUCCAAUACCACCAAUUUGGUGGUCAGGUUGACCGACACAAUCGCGGCCAAAUUUGGAAUCGGUGUUACUGCAGCUGAAGCUGAAGCACUUGCGUUCGCGUCACGAGCACUUGAUCCAGCAAUCGUGAGAGUACCGUCCAUUGUCCAAUUCUUCACAAGACCUUCAUAUGGGCUGUGGACGACCGGGUAUUUGGUCAUGGGGUUUGUGCCAGGCACUCCACUCGAUCAGUUAGAUUUGGAUGCAUCAUUGCAACUCGUACACCGCGUCGAUCUAAUCAUCCAACACAUUCACAGUUUCCACGGGAAUCGUCCUGGCCCUCUCGAUGGAAGUCCCGCACGAGGUCUGCUAUGGUCCGAUUAUACCUCAGGACAGCGUUUCGGCACACGAGAUCAUCUGCAAAGCUACCUCGAGGUCAGACUAUCACAUCUACAGCGAGAAAUCACCAUAGAUGUGACGAACAUGGACUUGUCCUUCUGCCAUAUGGAUAUUGCUCCACGCAAUAUAAUCCUGGGCCCAGACAACUCGAUCACUCUUGUGGAUUGGGGCUGUGCAGGCUUCUAUCCUUCCAUCUUCGAAACGUGGGCUAUACAGUUAGAGGCGUAUAUCCACGGACACCCGUUCAUGGAGACUCUGGAAUCGAAGCUGGUCAAGCGGUCUUCGUGCGCGGAAAUCGCACAAAUCGAUGCCCUCAUGCACGUUUAUAGGGCAAAUCAAUCAGUUGCAUUCCCCAAUUCCGAUGCGCAGAACGAGACGGACUACCUCAUGCGAGAAGUCCUAGGUGACGACUGGAACCAUGAAAAGAUGCAAAAACUUGUUGGUGAAUAA